UCGCUAGAUGGCGGUACCGUUUUCACUCGUGUAAUCCUGUUGUUAAAUCGCAUUACACGAAAUCUUUAGUCUUACUGUUUUUGGUCAGCAUCUCGUUCGUGGACGUGAUAGAAAGAAUUUGGUUUAAUAUGGCUGCUAUCAUGCUGCGCAACAUCUCUUUGAUCCCAAAGUCUUUUCAACAUGUCAGUUUACGAGGAAACCAUUGUGCUGUCCCCACAACAAAACUCUUCAUUAAUAACAAAAUGGUGGAAUCAAAGACCAAUGACUGGAUUGAUCUUUGUAAUCCAGCCACCAAUGAAGUAAUUACUAAAGUUCCCAAGGCAACUCAGGAAGAGAUGGAAAAUGCCGUUGAAGCAGCUAAAGCGGCCUACAAAACAUGGUCAAAAACUUCCAUUCUUACAAGACAGCAAGUCAUGUUGAGAUACCAACACAUCAUUAGAAACAAUAUGAAAGAAUUGGCCAAAAGCAUCACUACAGAACAAGGCAAAACAAUGGUGGAUGCAGAAGGUGAUGUACUUAGAGGACUUCAGGUUGUUGAGCAUUGCUGCAGUGUGACAAGUCUUCAGCUGGGAGAGACAAUGCCAAACAUUGCCAAAGACAUGGACACGUUAUCUUUCCGGACUCCUUUGGGUGUUUGUGCAGGAAUCACGCCAUUCAAUUUCCCUGCAAUGAUUCCACUUUGGAUGUUCCCGGUUGCCCUCGUCUGUGGCAACACUUAUGUCGUCAAACCGUCCGAAAGAGAUCCUGGCGCUUGCAUGAUGCUUGUUGAUAUGCUGAGAGAAGCCGGUGCACCCGACGGUGUAGUCAACGUUAUCCACGGAGCCCACGAUGCUGUCAACUUUAUUUGCGACCAUCCAGACAUUAAAGCCAUUUCCUUUGUGGGAUCCGACCAAGCCGGUCAAUACAUUUACGAACGAGGAUCACGACAUGGCAAACGUGUUCAAGCCAAUAUGGGGGCCAAAAAUCACGGAGUCAUCAUGCCUGAUGCGAAUAAAGAGAACACACUCAACCAGUUGGUCGGUGCCGCCUUUGGCGCUGCUGGCCAACGCUGUAUGGCUCUAAGUACGGCUCUGUUUGUUGGCGAUGCUGCCAAUUGGAUUCCUGAUCUUGUCGAACGAGCCAAGAGACUGAAAGUCAAUGCAGGUCACAUUGCGGAUGCCGAUCUUGGACCAGUCAUUUCUCCUGAGGCCAAGAAUCGUAUUCACAGAUUGAUUCAAUCCGGCAUCGACGAGGGAGCCCAUUGUAUCUUGGACGGUCGCAAUAUUGUUGUUCCGGGAUUCGAGAAAGGCAACUUUGUUGGGCCAACCAUUUUGACUGACGUCACGCCUUCUAUGGAGUGUUACCGUGAAGAAAUUUUCGGUCCCGUAUUGGUGAUUCUCAAGGUAAACACUUUGGAUGAUGCCAUCAACACAAUCAACUCAAACAUGUACGGCAAUGGUACGGCCAUAUUCACUACUAACGGAGCCACGGCAAGGAAGUUUACUCAAGAUAUUGACGUCGGUCAGGUUGGAGUAAACGUUCCCAUUCCCGUUCCCUUGCCCAUGUUUUCGUUCACUGGUUCACGUGGAUCUUUCCGCGGUGAUACCAACUUUUACGGCAAACAAGGAAUCAAUUUCUACACUCAGCUGAAAACGGUAACCCAAAUGUGGCGUGAACAGGAUGUUACCCACACGCAGGCUGCAGUCACAAUGCCAACAAUGCAGUAAAAUCCUACUUGUAGAUGCUCUCAGGUCGGGAUGGCAAAAAUGGUUAUAAAAGUGAGAAAUAACGAGUUUCAUAAUCUCGGUUGUUGUUUUUUGAGCUUCAUUGGUUUGUCCAAAUCUUCAGGUGAAAUUAUGGGCUCUUAAAAAACCUUUUGUUUUGCCAUAUGGAUUUGUUAAUUGUAUUCCAAUGGGGGUUUUUAAUAUCGUUGAAAUAAUAAAGUUGCAGUAAAUUUG